AUGGGCUUCGCCUGCGACCCUUGUUCCAUCAGAAAAAUAAAAUGUAGUGGAGAUACGCCGUGUAAGCAAUGCAAAGCGACCUCUUUAUCCUGCUCAUACGAUAGGAAGCGCAAGAAGUCGGGACCAAAAGGGCCCAGGAAGCGUACCAAAGAGGCCAUCUUACAGGCUCAGAGAUCUUCAAAGCAUACAAGAACCGACCCUGAUGGUGAAAUUCGGGCUCAAGACUUGCCUGAAGCUACUUCAUCCACGCAGCACAAUGGGUCAUCGAAUAGUUCGCCAAGUGGCGCCUCCCAGAGUCCCCAAGGCGCGCAGGAUAUGACGAUUGUUAGCUAUGAUACUCGGAUACCCAUGUCAUCCUUCAGCUACUACUUGAACAUAUAUCACGACUGUUUAUAUGUUGUAUGGCCCGUCAUAGACCAUGAAGUACUUCUCUCCCGGCUCCGUAACCCCGAUAACAAGAUUGCAUACGCCCUUGCCGCAUCAAUAUGCUCAGCAACUCGAGCUCAGCUUCGCCUUUCGAAUGAUGAUAUGGGCCCUUCAACGUAUCAAAUGGCAUACGAAGCCGAACAAUCUCGUCUUAUGCUCGACUACUCGAAGCAUCAGAUCAUCGAUGGACUGUUAACAUGCUUCUUCCUCCAUGUCUUCUACUCCAACACAGGACGAAUUACAAAGUCUACACUACUUCUUCGAGAAGCCAUCGCAUAUGCACAUAUCCUUGGACUUCAUCAAGACUUGUUUUAUACUGAUUUGGAACACAAUACGAUCCAGUAUCAUCUUCGCAUCGCGUGGAUCUUGUUCAUCACGGACAGGGCUCACUCCCUUCAACACGACCUGCCUCCUACAUUUAAGCUCAGUCCGACACUGCCGGAACUCCAUCCACAACAGGACGCGGGGCUUGGCUCAGCAUUCUGCAGUUUAUGUAGACUAUUCCAAGCUUUUGACGACGCCUGCUCUCCAGAUGUCAGGUCCAACCAGGUUGGCUUCUUGGGUGCCAUUAGUUCACAAUUGAGGGCGCGGCAUCCUCUUCCUCUUUGCGACAAUGAGAUCCAGCGAGCCGACAUCGUUGUAACUGACUCUUGGCUGCGUGUCGUGCUAUGGAAAGCGGCUAUUCCAUAUGUUGACGCAAAUACCGACCCAAAUGAUCAAGGUCUAAGUGUCUCGUUUCCCACGUCUGUUGCGAGAGAUUUACUGGCGAAACUGACCACUCUGUCCUCCUGCGCUCUCGAGACGCAUGGCCCUGGAAUGAUGUCGAAAUUGUUUGAAGUCGCGAACUCGGUGGCAGACGUCAUUAUCUGCGCCCCUGACCUCGCAGAUGUAGAUUCGGCUCAUGUUGGCCCCCGAGAUAUUCUUUGCGCCCUGAGCAGCUUGAUCGCCUCGUUGCGGACGACAGCCAACCCUGCGCUUCUCGCCCUGUUGCGAGAGAAGAUGAUGGCCUGUGCAUUAGGCCAGGCAGGGCCAGGAAGGCCGUUGCAGAUCACGGAUGUCCCGGAUGAUGAUCUACAAGCUGAAGAGAUGAAUCUAGUAGACUAA